AUGUUUAAGUUGGUACUACGAAGAAGUGAAUACUGCUUACUUCGUGUUUUUAGUUUUGGGGGAGCUCGAUAUCAUGCAACAGCAGCUUCAACUACAACUACUACCACAACAAAAAGUACAAAUCCACAGUUGGAAAAUUGGGAUAGAGGAGCUAGAACGCAAAAGACAUCCCUUACACCGUUAUUCAAUACAGUUAAAAAGUUGAUUGAUUCAAAUCCAGGAUGUGUUAGCUUGAUACAAGUUGGAAGUUUUUAUGAAUUGUAUUUUGAACAAGCAGAAGAAUAUGCUCCAAAAUUAGGAAUAAAACUUGCAAGUAAAAAAACUUCAAACCAUAUAAUCCCAUUUGCAGGCUUUCCCGUAACUCAACUAAAGAGAUUUGCAGAAAUGUUAAUUCAUGAUCAUAAAGUGAAUGUAGCAAUUGUGGACCAAUGUUCUCUUGGUAGCAAAACAGACCUGCAAUUAGUCCACCGAAAAAUAUCACGAAUCAUAACACCAGGAACUUUAAUUGAUGAAUCCUUUUUAAAUUUCAAUGAGAAUAACUAUUUACUUUCCAUUUAUUUACCACCUAAUGCAGUUAAGCUACCAGCUGAUCCUGAUUUGCAAAUUGGAUUAUCUUGGAUUGAUAUCUCUGUAGGAGAAUCAUUUGUUCAACUGACUACCUUGGGCCAAUUGAGUUCGGAUUUGUCAAGAAUUAAUCCAAGUGAGAUUUUGAUGCAAAAGGAAUUACAGAACAAGGAACUACAUUUAGGAAAAUGGUAUGGUCCUUUGCAGGAGUUGAAACGAUAUCUGUUACGGUAUCAUUCGGUUACUAUGUAUUCUGAUUUGAAACAAAGAUUUGAUUCCCAUGUCCAGAAGGUGCGUAAGCAUUUUGAAGAUCUUACAGUGAGAGAGCAUGCAGCAUUAAAUAUGAUAUUAUCAUAUAUCAGCAUCAACUUACCAGACUCCAACAUUGUAUUAGAUUUACCUACACGUUAUGUUAAUGAAAAUUGUUUGCAGAUGGAUUCCAGAACCAGAGAGGCGUUAGAGUUGACGGAACGAACCAUUGUUGGCAGGACGUCAGCUGUAGGAUCAUUACUUUCUACAAUUAAACGAACUUGUACACUGUCAGGAACAAGAAUGUUGACAGACUGGGUGAAGUCACCGUUAUUGGAAAUUGAUGAGAUUAAAUAUAGACAAAAGUAUGUGGAACUUUUCUUGAAAAAUGAUUAUUUAAAGAUUGUUACGCGACAACAACUACUGCAAAUUGGUGAUUUUAUAAGAAAUUUACAAAGAUUAGUAAUAGGAAGGGGUGAUUUGGCAACUCAUUUACUUCAUACGGCAGCAUCCAUUCAGAAAUUACAAAAAUUAAGAGAUUUUUUAUCAGAAGAGUAUAACAAGAAACCUAAAAAUGCCCCAGUUUUAAAAAGCUUUUUGGAAAAAUUCAAAGUUCCUCAAGAAAUUGCAGAGGAGAUUUUGAGCGUGAUUGAAACAGAAGAAGUGACUUCUGGUGAUCAGACUGAAGGUUCAGACUAUGUUCAAGAAGAAGACACUGUUCCCGCAUAUGGCAAUUUAAGUUCUUAUGGAAACAACUAUAGCGAGAAGUAUCGGGUUAAGAAAACUGAAGAGAAUGACCAUGAUACAUUUUAUUCGGUUCGUAAGGACUACAAUGAGGCAUUGCGUGCUUUACAUGAUGAUUUGGAAGUGUUGGAAAACAAGGAAACACAAUUCGUGAAUGAUUUGCGUGCAACAUUACACGAUAUUGAUCAAAAGCUUACCUUGUCAAAGAAAGAUUCUGUUGGGAAAUAUGUCAACUCGAUUCUCAUUAGUGGGAAAACAUCAUCAAUCGAAAAGGCUUCUCAAAAAUUGAGUAAAGAUAUUCUUUACACAAAGAAAAUGUCACUUUUAUACAGACCAAAAAAAUGGAAUGAUCUUCAACAUGCCAUUAAUGAGAAGCAAGCGUCGAUUUUGUUAAUAGAAGAUGAAAUCAUGAAUGAACUUAAGCAGAAGGUAAUCCAAAGGUUCUCGGAAUUUCGAGAGUUGGCUAGAUUGGUUGAUUUCUUGGAUGUAACAGCAUCGUUUGCCAUAAUAGCAGAAGAAAAUAAUUGGGUUUGUCCAAAUUUGAUUAAAACCCCUAAACUUUCCAUCCAAGGAGGGCGUCAUGUUGUCGUUGAAUUUAGUUUGAAGCAGUCAGGAAACAUGUUCAUCCCUAAUGAUUCUGCAAUGGGUGCAGAAGGCAACUUGUGGGUGAUUUCAGGACCAAAUAUGGGUGGUAAAAGUACAUUCUUGAGACAGAAUGCAUUGAUUGUAAUUUUAGCACAAACGGGAUCUUAUGUUCCAGCAGAUAAAGCAACAAUUGGUGUAGUUGAUCGAAUAUUUACCAGAAUUGGUGCAUCAGAUGAUUUGUAUAAUGAUAUGAGUACAUUUAUGGUAGAGAUGGUGGAAACAAGUAAUAUAUUAAAGAAUGCAACUCCUAGAUCACUUGCAAUAGUGGAUGAAAUUGGAAGAGGAACAAGUGGUAAAGAAGGAUUGGCUAUAGCAUAUGCUACAUUACUUGGUUUGUUAAAUGACAACAAGUGCCGAACUUUAUUCGCCACACAUUUUGGUAAAGAGUUACAAGAGUUAUUAGUUGAAAAUAGCAUUGAUCAGAGCAAUAUCAGAUAUUUUAGAACCAGAGUUAUAACGAGAGGUACAGUAGAAGGUGAUUUCAUUAUUGAUCAUUCUUUGGAACCUGGAAUAAGUGAACGGUCUCAUGCUUUGCAAGUUGCCAAAAUGGCAGGUUUCCCUGAAAAUUCAUUAGAAAUUGCCGAAAAAGUUUUAGAUAGAUUAUAG